ACAAGAUGGACGCGCUCACUGGUUCGUGUUGUUUUGUGCGUCAAUAACCUAACUUUGUCAAGCUUGUGUAAAUGGUGAGGUCGAGCCAAAAACCAUCGACUCAGGACCGUUGCGCUUGUUAGAAGCAUCUAGGGGUCAACCAGUCCGUCUGAUCAUUGGGCCAGAGUCACCGAGUCAGUACGUCGUGCCUUCUAGCCAAGAUGAACGAACUUGCCAAGCUCGAGUAUUUGUCUCUCGUGUCAAAAAUCUGUACGGAACUAGACAACCAUUUAGGAAUCAACGAUAAGGACAUGGCCGAGUUCAUCAUCGACCUGGCAGACAAAAACAACACGUUCGAGUCGUUCAAGAAGGCUCUGCAAGAAAAUGAAGCGGAGUUUUCAGAUUCGUUCAUAGCGAACCUCCUACGAAUCAUCCAGCACAUGAGGCCUAAAAAGGCGGCGACCACAUCUAAAGACGGUUUUGAGGAAAAGCCGAAGACAGAAUUGGACAUGAAACGUGAACGAUUUCCAUUUUUAGCUCUCCCAAAUGACCCCAAUGUUCGGAAAUUGCUUGAUGAAGAUGUCAAAGUGGCAUCAGAUGCGUUUGCACAGCUUGAGGCAUUGGCUCCCACUGCCAGGAAAAGUGAUGCUGACAGUGAAAAAUGCAGCAGAGAUUCUAAGCGAACCAGUGAAAAACCAAGCAGGUCGCGAAGACACAGGUCACGAUCACGGUCUCGAAGUCCAGUUGCACGGUCAUCAAGACACCGGUCUCGAUCCCGCUCCAAGAGCCCCUACUCGAAACGAUUUUCAAAGCACAGGUCACGCAGUCGCAGCCGGGACCGCAGGAGGUCUCGGUCGAGAGAUCGACACCACGGGUCUAGUCGCAAGGAGAAGAGCACAGUGCCCGUGUCUCCCGAUCCCGUUGUGGGACAGAUCUACAAUGGGAAAGUGACCAACAUCAUGCAGUUUGGAUGCUUUGUUCAGCUAGAAGGGCUGCCUAAGCGAUGGGAAGGUCUUGUUCACAUAUCUCAGCUGAGGAGAGAAGGUCGCAUCACCAAUGUCGGGGAUGUGGUCACCAGAGGACAGCGUGUCAAAGUUAAGGUGCUGUCUUUUACCGGGCAGAAAACCAGUCUCUCCAUGAAGGACGUAGACCAGGACACUGGGGAGGAUCUCAAUCCAGUGCGGCGAGCAGGUGACACAGAUGGCACCGAGUCGGCCCGCAACCCAGAUCGGCCCUGCUCAUUGCCACUUCUUACACGCCCUGAUGACGACGACGUUGACAACCGCCGGCGUGUUCAAAGGAUCUCCUCACCUGAGAAGUGGGAGAUUAAACAGAUGCUGUCUGCGAAUUGUAUUGACAAAUCUGAGCUCCCCGACUUUGACGAGACAACUGGCUUGUUGCCCAAGGAAGAUGAUGAUGAGGAAGACUUGGAGAUUGAAUUGGUUGAAGAGGAACCACCUUUUCUGAGAGGCCAUGGUAGAUCGAACCUGCAAGAUCUGAGCCCUGUUAGAAUUGUAAAGAACCCAGAUGGUUCACUGGCUCAAGCAGCCAUGAUGCAGUCUGCACUUGCCAAAGAGCGUCGAGAGCAAAAACAGCAACAGAGAGAAGCAGAAAUGGACUCUAUUCCUGCAGGCCUAAACAAACACUGGAUUGACCCCAUGCCUGAUGCGGAUGGACGGACACUGGCCGCCAAUAUGCGGGGCAUUGGUCUGGUAACCCAGGAGCUGCCAGAGUGGAAGAAGCAUGUGACCGGUGGUGCCAAGGCCUCCUAUGGCAAGAAGACGCAGCUUACCAUCCUGGAGCAGAGGCAGUCGCUGCCCAUCUACAAGCUCAAGGACGAACUUGUCAAGGCCGUGAUGGAUAACCAGAUCCUGAUCGUCAUUGGUGAAACUGGCUCGGGGAAGACCACACAGAUCACCCAGUACUUGGCAGAAGCAGGCUUCACAACCAGGGGAAAGAUUGGCUGCACACAGCCAAGGCGUGUGGCUGCCAUGUCGGUGGCCAAGAGAGUGGCCGAAGAAUUUGGCUGCAGGCUGGGACAGGAGGUUGGCUACACAAUUCGGUUUGAAGACUGUACCAGCCCAGAGACACAAAUCAAGUACAUGACAGAUGGUAUGCUGCUGCGAGAAUGCCUGAUCGAUCUGGAUUUACUUUCCUACUCCAUCAUCAUGUUGGAUGAGGCCCACGAGAGAACUAUACACACCGACGUCUUGUUCGGCCUCCUAAAGAAUGCAGUCAAGAAAAGGCCGCAGCUAAAGCUGAUCGUUACAUCAGCAACUCUGGAUGCCGUGAAGUUCUCACAGUAUUUUUUUGAAGCGCCCAUUUUCACCAUUCCGGGAAGGACCUUUCCUGUCGAAAUCCUGUACACAAAGGAGCCAGAGACUGACUACCUGGAUGCCUCGCUUAUCACAGUAAUGCAGAUCCAUCUGACAGAACCUCCUGGUGACAUUUUGCUCUUUCUCACGGGUCAAGAAGAAAUCGACACGGCCUGUGAGAUUCUGUAUGAGCGGAUGAAGUCCCUUGGACCUGACGUCCCUGAACUUAUUAUUCUGCCUGUAUACUCCGCACUGCCGAGUGAAAUGCAAACUAGGAUAUUUGAACCUGCAACUCCAGGCUCCAGAAAGGUCGUUAUUGCUACCAACAUUGCCGAGACAUCACUGACUAUCGAUGGAAUCUAUUAUGUUGUGGACCCAGGCUUUGUCAAGCAAAAUGUCUACAACCCAAAAACUGGCAUGGAUUCUCUUGUUGUCACACCGAUCUCACAGGCCCAGGCCAAGCAGCGGGCUGGUCGGGCUGGCCGCACAGGGCCAGGCAAGACGUACCGUCUGUACACAGAGCGAGCCUACCGAGACGAGAUGCUAACGACACCCGUGCCAGAGAUACAGCGAACAAACCUGGCCUCCACUGUGCUCCAGCUAAAGGCUAUGGGCAUCAAUGAUCUCCUCUCGUUUGACUUCAUGGACGCUCCUCCCACUGAGACUCUCAUCAUGGCGUUGGAGCAGCUGCAUUCCCUCAGUGCAUUGGACAACGAGGGACUCCUCACACGUCUGGGGCGAAGGAUGGCUGAAUUCCCCUUGAGUCCCAACUUGGCCAAGAUGUUGAUCAUGUCUGUUCACCUGGGCUGCAGUGAGGAGAUCCUCACAGUGGUCUCCAUGCUUUCAGUGCAAAAUGUGUUCUACAGGCCGAAGGACAAGCAAGCACUGGCUGACCAGAAGAAGGCAAAGUUCAACCAAGCAGAGGGUGACCACCUGACACUGCUAGCUGUUUACAACUCUUGGAAGAACAACAAGUUCUCCAACGCGUGGUGCUACGAAAACUUUGUCCAAAUUCGGACACUCAAGCGGGCACAGGACGUGCGUAAACAGCUGCUUGGAAUCAUGGACAGGCACAAGCUAGACGUAGUUUCCUGUGGCAAGAACACAGCACGCGUGCAAAAGGCCGUGUGCAGUGGCUUCUUCCGGAAUGCAGCCAAGAAAGAUCCCCAGGAGGGAUACCGGACACUUGUGGACGGCCAAGUUGUCUACAUCCAUCCGUCCAGCGCUCUCUUCAACCGCCAGCCGGAGUGGGUGGUGUACUACGAGCUGGUGCUGACAACCAAGGAGUACAUGCGAGAAGUGACCACCAUUGAUCCCAAGUGGCUAGUCGAGUUUGCGUCUUCCUUUUUCAAGUUUGCCGACCCAACCAAGCUGAGCAAACACAAGAAGCAGUUGCGCCUUGAGCCUCUCUACAACAAGUACGAGGAGCCGAACGCAUGGAGAAUAUCCCGUGUACGCCGAAGACGCAACUGAACAUUCAUCACUCGUCAGCAGACUUUGCACGUCUGCGUGAAGAACAUCUUUGGCUUCGUGACCAGUACUAUAGUGCCGUUCUCAUUUGUGUUGUGUACUGAAACCACAGACCAUGUGUCGUGUAAAUAUGGUGCGGUCUUUGUUGUGUCAUGCUUUUUGUUGGGAAGAAGGAACUCUGCAGUUUAUAAUCAUGUUCGCUGGGAUGUGUUAUAAGUAGUUGUAUUUGUAACACUUUGUCCAUUCUCUUUUGGGAGUGACUGUUUUUCACUAUGGUUGCACGUGUUCUUUAUGUAGCUUGACCCGUUUGACUCCCAAGAGCUUUCCAGAGAAAAUGCCCUCAAGAAUAGAACACACACACGAAACAAUAUUCCAAAUUUUUAUUUUCCCAAGUUCUUACACCUAACAGACUGAUCAAUACAAAUGCUGCCUGAACAUGCAGGGGUUGCAUUUUGCAAUGCUGAUAGAAAUGCAGGACGAGUACAACACAUCGCACUAAUUCUUCCCAAAAGUUUGUUCACCCUGUAAAAAACAAUGUAUAUAUUAGUCUGUGUCAUAAGUGUUGUCUUUAUGUUGCAUAAUGUAAAAAUGUGUAAAUAUGACUUGAAAGGUGAAAACCUGACCCCUUUUUUGGUACUGGUGACAUUCACUCAUGUCCUAGUAUUAAGCAUACUGAAAUAAACAUGAAGGUUCAAAUAAACAAAUUGCUGAAAUGUUUUUCCCCCUUUUUUUGCAUAAGCAGCAGCAAGGUGCAAUAUACUACCACAAGCUGUUUCUUUUUUUCCAGAUUUCUAUCUGUUUAAGCAAAGGCCCUUAUCUCACUUACCAGUGCAAAAGGUAUAAUAUUCUGUUCAAAUAGACAUAUAGACAUGGCAUCAAAGCUGCCUUUCAAACACAAAGCAAAGUUUUCAUCAGGAUUUGCUCGCCGUUGCAUGCCUGAGCGAGCUAAGCUUUGGUAGGUGUAGUUGUAUUCGCUCUUGAAUGAUGUUUUAGCUUAUAGAGGCUCUUGUUCGUGACUACACUGCGUUCCACACCAUUUGCAACCACAGCACAUUUCCAGGCUGACAUUCUUGAGCAUCAUUUCUUUUAGCUGUGUGUACAACUGUAAUCAAUUUAACUACUAUCUUUUCUCUCCGUUAUUACAGAGCCAUUUUUAAUAAGCCUUCCAGUGCAAUGCUCCCUGGAUAGUACUGAUGCUUUACAUCUUCCAGUGCAUGACCAAACUUUUGAAUGGAGCCUGGCAAAGAGCCAAAGAGCUUUGAAAUGAAAAUUCCUUUGUUAUAUCUGAUUUCGUUGUUAGCAUAUAUUCAUUACAUGCUUAUAUCAAUUUUAUUAUAUCAAUUCAGAUUUGCUUCGUUACAUCGAGGUUCGUCUAUAUAUGGUUUUCAGCGCACAUGUUGAUCACAGACGUUAAUCUAAUCGCUCGCAACUUGUUUGCCUCGAGUUUCACACGUUUUGAGAGGUGAACUAAAGAAGUUUUGGGUCUGUCCUGCUACUUUACAUAGGAGAGGGGGAAAAAGGGAAGGAAAAGAAAAGAGAGAGUGCAGGUGACAGUGAUAAUGCGCAGUGAACUAUGCGCACUUGUGAUGUGUAUAUACGUGCUUUGCGCACAGCAUGUCGCAGUGCACAGGUGUCUGCUACCUAUGUGGUGUUAGAGCAGGAUGCGAGGUUGCUCUAUCACCGCAUGCACUUUGAGUGUUGUUUAACACUUUGAGGGUCGAUUUCUUUUGCCAUAUGCGACCACCCAGGGUCAAUAUUUUUUAUUGCAGAUUUCAAUUCUUUUUAGGGACUUAUUUAGAAAAAAAUUUACUGCAAUUUUUCUAGGGUGACCGUAAAGUGAAAAAAAAAAAAGUAUUUUGCGUUGGUAUAUAUGUGCUCUUCAUUCUUGAAUAACAACAAUAAAAAAGGAAAUAAACUUAUAAGAAUUAAAAAUUUGAUGCAUUUUUAUACACAUAGUUGAAGGCCUUGAAUAUGCGCACAUGAGAAUAUUUCGCAAGAUUCAAAUGUUCCUGCUCUUACACAAAUAUCUAAUAUGUACAUCCAUAGCGUAAUCGAACUGCGUAGGUGCGCACACUUAAGAAAACUGUGGUUGGGUGCCCGUCAAAAAAGCAAAACGUGUGACAAACUUCCGCUAAUCUUCAUCUUAUCGCCAACCAGAGGCAAUUAGUUUUCGCGAGUGUCAAAAAAAAAGAAAA